AUGGCCCACGCUGACCAAAUCAGCACCCUGCGGCGUAGACGGAGCGCCUUCAUCGGUCGCAUGACGCUCACAAAGCGUGAACGCAACGACUAUGAGGCAAACGGACAGGUGGAUAAAUACUUCUUGGCAUCUUGCCACCAGGCGUUCAAAAAGAACUGGAGGAAAAUAAUGGCAGUAAAAGACGAGUUGGAGGGGUUGGACGCGGAGGAAUCUGAACGUCUAGUCCCCAUAUCUCAAGAACAUCGCGUCCUUGAAACACGCAUAUUGAAUCUCAUCGAGCAAUCGCAGACCUCCAUCCGGUCGAGACGCCCAAAACGCGAAUCAAUCACCGAAUCCGAACCGACGCCGAUUAAACUACCGGAUAUCCUCCUGAUUAAGUUCAGCGGCCACAUCGAAGAAUGGGAAUAUUUUUACGAUACAUUCACGGCCAAUGUGGACUGCAGUGAAAAUCUCACACUGGCCCGAAAGUUUCAAUAUCUCCGAUCAUGCGUAACUGGCACAGUCGCACGAAGCAUCCGGUCGUUGGAAGUCACAGCUACUAAUUACCCGGUCGUACUUAAGUUGUUGAAAGAAGAAUUUGACUAUCAUCGUCUGCGGCGCUGGGAAUUUAUAAAAUAUCAUUCGAAAAUCACCUGGAAACUUCAGAAGCCAUAG